AUGCUGCUACCAAACACUAUCAAUCAAGAACUAAUAGUUCUUCAGGAGUGGUUUAAUUCUAACAAAUUGACUUUAAAUAUAAAUAAAACUAAGUAUAUAGUUUUUCGUUCAAAUAAAAAAGAUGUUAAUACCGACGGUUUCCAAAUUUGCACCGGUAAUUCAAUCCUGGAAGAAGUUAGUUCAUUUAAAUAUCUGGGAUUAACGUACGCUUGUUAUGCUUUGCUGAAGGCGAGACAAUGCUUUGACACUCCCACAAUGAAACCUGUAUAUUUUGCUAUAUUUCAUAGUCAUUUAACAUAUUGUAUUGAGGCCUGGGGCAUAACUUAUCACUUACCAUUUGCCAUUGAUCAAAUUACAGAAGAGAGCCCUCAGAAUCUUGACAUACUCCCACUAUUCCCAACCGUCACAUAUCAUAUUUCAUCGACUUCACAUUUUCACAUUUCUGGAAAUUAA